AUGAAUUGGACAUUCGAAUGGUCAUCACUGGGAUUAUUAAUCAUCCUUCUUCUGAGAUGCGGUAUCACAAGAUCGAUGACAGACGCGAAGGAGCCGAUACUAUUAAAAGUUGUUGCUCCUCCGUCCCACACGGUAUUGUCCGGAGACGUAACCGUUUUUAUUUUGGAUUCGGCAGAAAUAGAAUCUUUUACGAUAUCUACAAAUAUCAUGUCCACCAACGGUACAAAUGGCGCAAGAAAAGACGAGAAAGAAACAAUCGAACCAAAAAGAGAGAAAGUUAACGCGGGUCACGAACCGCUUGUGCUUAGAAUACUGUACGUUGAUGGCCUCACGUCGGAAUUGAUUGGUGAUUUUCCUCUGGAUACCUUGCCGCAUAAGGGUGAGAAUAUUUCUGUGAUAAUACCUUGUGGUGUUUUCUCGCGUGGCGGAAUUUAUACACUACGACUUCAGUACAAGUUCUCAACCGUGGCUGCCAGACAUAACACUGCCAUUGCUGGGCUGCCUGAAAUUGAGAUGAGCAGUGCCUUAGAUGUAAAGUGGCCAACCCCUUCUUUGCUUUUGGAAUCCCAACACUUUGGUACAUAUCCUAAUCAGUCGAUAAUAGCUACUAUAAAGUACAAGGGAAUCUCGUGUAUACCUGCUAAUGGUGUUCCUGUGGCAGCUUAUAUUUUGCAACUCAUAUAUUGCGGUACUACCGCGGCCGCCUGCGAUCCACAGAACAACAGUCGCAUGCAAGUGCUCUAUUACGAAGAAAUAAAUGGCUUCACUUCGUCGAAGAUCGUCAAAUUGAAAUGUGAAUUUUUUGGACUGGCUGGAAAUUAUGCGCUUCGAUUAAAGGCCUCGGAAGUUAAUCCAUCCGCACCAACGACCAGCGCGUACAUUAAGGUGGAAUGGUCCACCGAGUUUAGCUUCAAUGUCCACGCGAAAUCAAUCUAUCCCUGCGAGGGAACAACAGGCAUAUCGGUUCUCUUUCAAUAUCCCACAUGUCGUCUUCAAGGUGAUCGUGUGCGCGUCUACGGACGUCUUCGGGCGGAUGUGAGUUCUUUGGCGCCGCCGUCCGCCUUGCACUACGUGGCGGAAUUAAAGGCAGCGCCAGGCAAGCAUUCGCUGAACUUCGACUGCGAUCUCUUCACUGAAAAGUUCAUCGAAUACUGUUUCGUUUAUGUGAGCCAGGCGAUCACUGGCGCGAUGGCGGAAGUGAAGCUCGCGUGUAUACCAACUUUCCCACUGCUAGAAAACGACGCGGCUGGUUGGGGUCCUUGGAGCGCAUGGAGCCCUUGCAGCAGCUCUUGCGUAGGUGGCGUUCGUAAUCGAUAUCGAUUUUGUGACACGCCACCCCCGAAAUACGGAGCGAAAUUCUGUCAGGGAAGAGCGGUCGAAACGGAAUCCUGUGGUGGCAUCGGCAGGAUCGAUUUUCAAGAGGCAUGGAACACCGAAGGAUGGGAGUGCCGACACGGAAUGACAUUAGCGGCCGCAAGACCGGAAGUCACGGCUCAGAUUGGCGUACAAUGUCGGUGUGGUUGUAUUAUCAAUUUUGGAGAUAAAGCCUUGAACAAAAUACUAGCGGCGAAUACUCAAGCUUGUCCCGGUCGUUCCUUUUGGCUGCUACAGGCAAAAUCGAAUUACAUAAUCCGACUACAUUUGGAUCAAACGCAGUUUCUCUGCCCAGGGCAAUAUUUUCGCGCUCGCGAUGGUGAUUCACUAAGCGCGGAACUCUUGACGGAUAUUGCGUUUGACAAGGGUGCACUCGCGACAGGAACGAUAUUCUCCUCGGGUCAAAAUUUGUUGCUUGAGUUUUUUAGCGAUGAGCACACCGCCUUGGGGGAUUCCUGUGUGGGUGGCUUCUUAGGACAUGCGAGCAUAUUUCAAAAACUAUAUGAGAAUAAGACGUCGGUUUCACUCCCUUCAGAAAGGAAUUCUACUCUCACUGUUGAGCAAUGGAUCUUCUGGGGACCUGCGCAUGUAGCAACAGCAUCCCUUUUGAUACUUAUAUUCUUUAUAUCUAUUUUUCUAGCACUGCAAUUUGCACUGAAAUAUAGAAAGUACCAUAUCGCGGAGGACUUAGAUACCUUGAGUGAGCAUUCUGGAUGCAGUGAUAUGAUGGUAGGCCGAGCAAAAUCGAUGUCUUCUACGACGUUAAUUUCGGAAGUCGUGUCUCUAGUGGGAUUGCCAAAAAAGUGCACACCAAAACUGUCGAAACGUAAAAUAGCACCUUGUGCGGAGGAUGGUUACGAUAGUUCGGAAACUUUGGCGGAAUAUGAAGAUGAAACUAGUUUGAGCUCGACUACCUUGAAGUUUCGAGACGACGACGAAAGCUGUACAGAGAGAAGCGUGAUACCGAAUAAAUUGCACACCGAUAAACCAUCGGUGACAGUAUCGGCUAUUAUGGCAAUUGGUCAGCCAGAAAUAAAAUAUGCCCAACCAAUCAAAUUACGAACUCUGGGAUCUGUUAGUUCUGCGAACAAGUUGAUGUCGAGCAACAUGAGAUGUCAAAACUCAGCGAGUAUUACCGAGAGUCCGCAUAUUGCAAGACUUCAUCGUUACACGCCUAAUCGUUUGCAGUCUAAGGAUUCAUCGACGAACAGCCCACUAUCAGGCACAUCUACACUCCGCAGUGGUAAAGAGACGAAGGAUCGUCGAAAUCGCGAGCGAUUGUUACAAGGACCGGGUUCGGAGUUCAGCCUGACAAAUCCGGAGACGGAUAUGGAGCUUGACUAUUAUGAUUAUAACGUUGCAAAUGCCGGCGCCGCGCCAGGCUCGUACUUAGGUAUGGAUCCAGCUUUUCUCCUAUGGAUACCCCCGUUGUCGAUGUCUGAGGAUUCUCAAGAUCCAUGUGCGGAUCGUCCGGAUUGUUUUCAAGGCACGACGAGUCCGGCAUUGUAUCGACUGCCGGAGAGCACUGAGGGCAUGACCCUGACCCCGGCCGAGUAUCGACGUAUGCGACAUCAAAUCGCAUCUAGUAUCGAGGAAACUAGAUCGAGUCUCGAGCAGCAACGCCAGGACUCGACGUCCUCGUCGUCGUCGAAAAACGACUCGUCGUCAGGCGGUAGCGUUCUGUCCGAGGAUAGCAUCAGCGAAAGUAGAACUGCUAGACUGAACGAACGCCUGCUGCCAAUUCAUCGGAUCUUAGAGGACUCCAGGACUCGGGUCAGCGAGGAGUCUCUGUGCAGUCAACUUGCAAUCGAUAGGACACAAUGCAGCAUUCCCAAUCGCCUUCACAGCACUGAUAUUUCUCAGGAACAGAACGCUUUGAAAGGCGGUCCACAGGAUAGUCAUGUAAAUAUUGCCGAUUGCGUUAUAGUCAAGUCAGAGGAUAAAUUGGAGAAAUCGAAACAAAUUUUCCAAAGGUAUCCCGAAGAUGCAAUCCUUCAUCAUGGUACCUCAAAGUCUUACGUAAAUCAAAAAACAAAGGAUAUUUCUCAGAACGAGAAGAAGAAUCAUUGCUUAAAAAAUGAAAAUAUAUCCAAACUGUCUGGCAAAUCAAUGAGCUCGAAGACUCAGGGAUAUAUAGACGGCAAAAACAGGACUCUUCAAAGUGCUAAGGAUGAUCCCACAUCGGACAUCGUUUUAACGACAAAUUUAAACAUAAUGAGCGGUCCAUGCAAGUACCGAGAUUUCACGCAAUUUACGCAACCACGUGAAAUCAAUAAACUUUCGGAUUGUACUAAUAUUCCUAUGAUCGAGUUCUCGGGGCCGCGAUUGAAUUCACCGGCGACAGCACGGAGAUUAACGACGGACAACUUAAACAUCAGUUUGUCCAAGAAGGAGAUUCAAAGUCCUGAUUACGGAGUCGAGAGCGACAUAAAGACCGAAUCGCGUGAUUCCUUCUACGAUCUGAUCCGUGAAAAUGAGGAUGGCAUCAAGUUCGCAGACGAUGACGAAUAUAUUGAUAAUAGAGCGAAUUUGUGAAAUUUAUGUUGUAAUUGCUACAUAUGAGAAUGCAAUAAAAGUUAUUACUAUUUUAUAGCUGAGAAUAUUAUAUCAGUUAUGUCAGUGUAGCGAUAUUUUGGGAGAAUUUGA